AUGGCCGCCACCACCACCACCAAGAUGUACAACGACACGAUGAACGGCGGCAUCAACUCCUCCAAGGAGUACUCGGAGCAGCAGCCGCAGCACAACGCUGGUGACACCACCGCCAAGACUCCGACGGCCUCGGAGUCGGAGUGGGAAGCCGUGUCGUCGCUGCUGGACGCCGCGCGUCCCUUCCUCCGGGGCGAGCUGGGUUCGGCGGACCCGGAGCUGCCAUCCCUGGUGGCGGUGCUGCGCGCGGCGGGCGCCGGCGAGUGCUACCACAAGCACGGCACGUUCCUGGCGCACCUGGAGGACGUGUACCGGAUCCUCCGCCUGUGGGGCGCGUCCGAUGCCGUGGUGCGCUGCGGCCUCUUCCACUCCUCCUACUCCAACUCCUACGUCGACCUGGCCAUCUUCCAGCCGGACACGGGGCGGGCCCAGGUGCGGGGCAUCAUCGGCGCGGACGCCGAGCGCCUCGUCCACCUCUUCUGCGUCGUGCCGCGGCACCAGCUCAUAUUUGAGCAGCUCCAGCCCCGGUACACGGACCAGGAGCUCAGGGACCACCUCGCCGCCGCCCAGCAGGGCCAGCUGGGCUCCUCCCCCGUGCUGAUGAUGUCGCCGUGGCGCCGGAAGCUCCGGUCCGUGGUGCCGCCCGAGGGCGUGGUGGCGACGCACAUCCGGACCGGGGAGGCCGUGCCGCUGUCGCGCCGGGUUCUGGCGGCGUUCCUGCUCAUGACCGUCGCCGACUUCAGCGACCAGUACACGGACUACCAGGACGAGCUGUUCGGGAACGCGGACGGCCGGCUCGAGUUCCGCGGCGACGACUGGGCCGCGCUGUGGCCGGGCACCGGCAAGCCGGGGCUCUGGGUCAGCGCCAUGUCCAGGCUGGCAGCGCUCUACGGCCUCAUCGCCAGGGACGAGCAGCUGAUCAGCAAGGAGGGCGGCGACGGCCACGACAUCGUCGACAACAACGACAUGGCUGUGGGCGAGCUGGUGAUCCCGCCGGUGUUCGAGCGGUGCAGCCGGGUGCUGGACCCCGGGGAGCAGAAGGCGGCGAGGGACCUCUACUGGGAGGCAAUCACCACCACCAGGACCAACAAGGACAACAUGAAGGACACGGAGGCCCUGCUGCGGGAGAGCAUCGCGAAGAACCCCUUCGUGGGGGAGCCGCACCUGGUGCUGGCGCAGGUGCUCCUGAACGCCGGCAGGUACGCGGAGGCGGCGGCGGCGGCGGGGCGCGGGGUGCGGCUGAUGCUCCAGUGGGGGAGCAGCUGGGACAAGCGCAUGACGUGGGAAGGGUGGGUGUCGUGA